AUGCUACAGAUGCAGGUGUGCUGCAGUUGUUGUGUGCUGGGUCUGGCUCUACAUGCUGAAGGUAGAGGGUGUGAUGCCCACCAGCACCUGGGGAACCCCUGUGGUCAUGUCCUGCUCACCUGCUGUGAAGAGGAGUGGCUCAGCCCUAACCCUAACCAAACACAGAGGAGGAAGGAGAGGCCCAGACCUACUACCCUGCCUGAGAAAGAUGUGAAUGAGUGUGUGACCAGCAUGCACAGUUGCCAGGCCAGUGAGCGCUGUGUGAACACCGUGGGAUCGUUUGUGUGUGAGAGGACCGUCACUUGUCCUGCUGGCUUCCAGCUCAGGAACCAAGUCUGUGAGGAUAUUGAUGAGUGUAUGGUGCGCAGCCACAACUGUGGUCAAAGGUUUGAGUGUGAGAACACGGAGGGCUCCUUCCUGUGUAACCCUAAACAGAGAUGUCUCACCGGCUUCACCCAGGACUCACAUGGAAACUGCAUUGAUAUUAAUGAGUGCAGUAGUCUAUCUGAUCCGUGCAGUGCUGGUUUUCACUGUAUCAACACUGUGGGCUCCUAUACCUGUCAGAGGAAGGUUAUCAUGUGUACAGGAUACCACUCCAGCCCUGAUGGAACACGCUGCAUCGAUGUGGAUGAAUGUCAGACAGGUAACCAUGGGUGUGGUGAGGGCCAGAUCUGUCAUAACCUCCCUGGUAGCUACCGCUGUGACUGUCAAACAGGCUACCUGUACGAUGCACUACGCCAGGUCUGCAGUGAUGUGAAUGAGUGUUGGAGCUACCCCGGCAGGCUAUGUGCUCAGACGUGUGAGAACAGUCCAGGAUCCUACCAGUGUUCCUGUACAGCAGGCUUCUCUCUGGCCUUCGACGGGAAGAACUGUGAAGAUCUGAAUGAGUGUGACUCUAGUCCGUGUGGUCAGGAGUGUGCUAACAUCUAUGGGUCCUACCAAUGUUACUGCAGACAGGGCUUCUACCUGAAGGAAGACGCACACACCUGUGAAGAUAUUGAUGAGUGUUCCCAGAGUAUUGGCAACCUGUGUGUGUUCCAGUGUGUAAACAUCCCAGGUAGCUACCAGUGUGCCUGUCCCCCUAACGGAUACACCAUGUCAACCACCGGACACACCUGCAGAGAUAUUGAUGAGUGCACAACAGGAGUUCAUAACUGCUCUACAGAACAGACCUGCUUCAACGUCCAGGGAGGGUACAGGUGUCUCUCUUUCUCCUGCCCCUCAUAUUACAGAAAGGUUUCAGAUACUCGUUGUGAGCGCAGUGGUUGUCCAGCUAACUCUGUAGACUGCCAGACCUCUCCUCUGAGAAUCACCUACUACCAGCUGAGCUUCCAGAUCAACAUUGUCAUCCCCACUCAGAUCUUCAGGAUUGGCCCCUCCCCCGCCUACAGGGGAGACAACAUUGCUAUCUCAAUCACCCACGGUAACGAGGAGAACUACUUCUCCGCGCGGAAGCUGAACAGUUUUACGGGGGCGGUGUACCUGCAGCGGCAGGUGAGACAGCCGAGAGACUUCCUGAUCGAUGUGGAGAUGAAGCUGUUGAGACAGGGAGCCUUCACUACCUUCCUGGCCCGGAUAUAUGUCUUCAUCACCUCUAACACUGUCUAAACACACACACCAUCCCAGAACAGACUGUCGCCCACCACUUCUGUAAUAUUCAUAUGGUGAUACACUUUAUACUUGUAACUUACAUAUAUAUAUAUAUUUCAUCAUACGAUCUUAUCCGGAGCGACUUACAAAAGCAAGUGCAUACAUUUUCAUAGUUUUUCAUACUGGCCCUCCGUGGGAAUUGAACCCACACCCAAGGACCGUGCUCUACCAACUAAGCCACGCACUUCAAAAACUGGAUUGUUACUAAAGACUAAGUUAGUCUUCUGUUUUUAUACAAAAUCAUUUUUCUGAGUCUUUUAUCAUGUAAUGUCUCAAGCUGUGUGGUUUGACUCUGCCAAGGUGGUCCCCAGAGUGCUAGGCUCUGUCCUCUUUAACCUCUGGAAACUUCCAAUCCCAACAUGAACUUUCAGAGGUUUUGAAGCUACUGAAUAGAAUGGAGAACCCUGGAGCAGCUCUUAGACCAGAGCUUGUAGACACACUGAGGGUACCUCUGUAUUCCUCUCUCUCUCUGCUCUCUCUCUCCCCGCUGUCUCUCUCCGUUCUCUCUCUCUCCGCUCUCUCUCUCCGCUGUCUCUCUCUGCUCUCUCUCCGCUCUCUCUCUCCGCUCUCUCUCUCCGCUGUCUCUCUCCGCUCACUCUCUCCACUGUCUCUCUCCGCUGUCUCUCCGCUCACUCUCUCCAAUGUCUCUCUCCGCUGUCUCUCCCCGCUCUGUCUCCCCGCUGUCUCUCUCCGCUCUCUCUCUCUCUCUCUCUCCGCUGUCUCUCUCUGCUCUCUCUCUGCUCUCUCUCUCCGCUCUCUCUCUGCUCUCUCUCUCCGCUGUCUCUCUCCGCUCUCUCUCUGCUCUCUCUCUGCACUCUCUCUCCGCUGUCUCUCUCCGCUCUCCCUCUCCGCUGACUCUCUCCGCUCUCUCUCUCUCCACUGUCUCUCUCCGCUGUCUCUCUCCGCUCUAACUCUGCUGUCUCUCUCCGCUCUCUCUCU